AUGUCCACCACAUUUCGUGUUAGCCGCACUCAAGGUGGCCAAGAUAGACCCCCGCGACCAGCAAAGGACCUUGAGUUGCGAACUUGUGUUCCUGUUAAGGCUUUAUACCCUGACUUGGCUAUGGAAGACUUGAGAGACGCAAACGCUGCCGCGCACACACCGAUGCAGCAGCCUCCUUACGUCGACCCUCAAACUGGUCAACGAUCUUCUGAUGUCUACAGCCCGCCUGUCUUAGGUCUCUCCCAGUCUUCACAUCAACCCUCGAGAAUGCUCACCCUUUGCCAGCAGUCUCUCCUUGCUUCUCCAAGACUACUCCGAGGCAACUGA